CCUCGGUUACGUUAUCACGUCAGUCAUCCCACAUGGUUGAUACCGUACCGCGGCGGUGACAAGUCGUGUAUACCGCUGUGUUGCGUCGCGCGUGGAGUGUGCACGUAAAUUGGCACUCGAACGACGAUCGGAAAAACCGUACGGGAAAUUUGAAAACACAUUUUCCUAAUAAAUAAAAACAAAAAAUCCAUCACGUGCGUUCGGUUACAAUAAUAUAAUUUAGUUUUUAAUAUUAUUCUAGAUAAUAUUACCCACUCAAAUAUUGAUCAUUUCUUUUAAUGUUUUUGUUCCGACACGACGCAAAGGAUCUCCCAGGAAAACUAUUUUGCACUUGAAAAAACCCGUUUGGAGUGAAUACGAGCACGAACUCUUACAGACUUAAAAUUGAAAAAUGAUGACCGUAUUGUUGUCUAUCAGUUGACAGACAGCUUUUGAAUAAUCAUGGAUGGCGUCAGCGGUGUCGUCAAUGAUACUUCCAACAGCACUCUAUCCGUCGACGAAUACGACUAUGAAUACUCGGAGCGACCCGAAACGUACAUCGUUCCGGUGCUGUUUGCGUUCAUAUUUUUCGUGGGGACCGUCGGAAACGGGUCUCUGGUGUUGAUAUUCAUCCGGCACAGGCACAUGAUCAACGUGCCAAACAUAUACAUACUCAGUCUGGCGUUGGGCGAUCUGCUGGUCCUGUUGAGCUGCAUACCGUUCACGUCCACCAUCUACACGGUGCCGUCGUGGCCGUUCGGGUUGACCAUCUGCAAGGUGUCCGAGACAACCAAGGACAUAUCGAUCGGCGUGACAGUGUUCACAUUGACCGCCCUGAGCGCCGACCGGUUCUUCGCCAUCGUGGACCCGAUGCGCAAGCUGCACGCUUCCGUGGGCGGCCGCCGGGCCACCAAGUUCACCGUCACAGUGGCAGUGACCAUAUGGUGCCUGGCAGUGGCGUGCGCCGUGCCCGCGGCCACCAACUCGUACGUCCGGCAGUUCCGGGUGAACAACGUGACGCUGUUCGAGGCGUGCUAUCCGUACCCCGAUGAACUGGGACCUACCUAUCCGAGAUUCGUCGUUGUCGUCCGGUUCCUGGUCUACUACGUGGUUCCGCUGUCCGCCAUCGCGUGCUUCUACGCCAUGAUGGCGCGGCACCUCAUCAACAGCACCAGGAACAUGCCAGGCGAAGUCCAGGGACAGAUGCGUCAAGUCCGGGCCCGGAAGAAAGUGGCCAAGACCGUGCUAGCGUUCGUGCUGGUGUUCGCUGUGUGCUUCCUGCCCUAUCACGUGUUCAUGUUGUGGUUCUACCUGAACCCCAAGUCCGAGGACGAUUACAACUUAUUCUGGCACGUGUUGCGCAUCGCCGGCUUCUGCCUGUGCUACAGCAACUCGUGCAUCAAUCCCAUCGCGCUCUACCUGGUCAGUGGCACUUUUCGCAAGCACUUCGACAGGCAGCUGUUCUGGUGGAUCGUCAAGCCCCAAGGAGGUACGGUCACUGAAUCCAAGAAUGGCUACAUGCGCCGGAAAAACGGCACCCGGGAGAAGGACAGGAUCACCAUCAACGAUUCGACCACCAUAGCCAACGUGCAGAUGAGCACUUUCACCAAACGGGCCGGGGACACAAACAUCACCACCACCACAGCCACCACGACGGUGCUCAUCUGUGCCGGGCUCAACGACGCCAACACCAUCAUAUAGAAAAUGUCAUGACGAUCAUUUAACGACGAAACGACGUCAUUAUUGUUGGCAUAUUACAACAUUUCAAUUCCGAAAAUGCUGAUACAAAUAUGUAUGAAAUAUACAGUGAGAAUUACCAAGCAUGAUCAUCCUGUUUUUUCCUUUAUAAUGAAUUUAACACAAACUACUCAUUUGAAUUUUGAUUUAAAUACUCAAACAUUUUCCAAAAAACCAUCUGCAUAAUAAUUUACAGUAAAAAAGUCCUCGAAUGAAUAAAAAAAGUUUGGAACUUAGGACACUCUUAAUCUUCAGAAGGUCACUUGGGUAAAUUAUUACAGCACUAAUUUUGAAUCAUGUUUUAAUAUAUUUUUGGGUGAUGUAAAAAUGAUGAGAUUUUUACUAAUUUCUAUUCAUGUGUCAUUUUAUUAAAUUUGAAAAAAAAAUGUAAACGUAUUUUUAUUUACUUAUUUAUAUUUAUUUAAAAUAUAAAUUUUUAAUUUAAAAUGAAUAAACUUAAAAAAAAAAAAUAUUAUAAUGUUAAACCAAGGAAAAUGUUAACCUGCGUGAUGGAGUAGGUACUCUGAACCCACGCGAAAUACUAAAAAUUAAAAUAUAGUGCCAAUACAAAACUCCAAUGUUUCACAGUAUAGUUCUCGAUAAACUUAAAAAUUCUGAAAAUCAAUACUUGAAUAAACGCAUUGUGAUAAAUAAUGUAAAAUGAGUAUGACCAUGCUUCGUGAAACACCCUGUAUAUUAAUUUAGGUACACCAAGGUUAUACAGCUGCAUGUGUUUUAUGAUUAUGCGGUAUGUACCUAUAUUUAAUGGUUGAACAUUUAUAUUGCUCCAAUAUUGUAUAUUUUACUGUUAUUGAUAUGUAGGUAGGCCAUAAAUAUAAUUUUAUCUUGGAAUAUGUUGACCUUUAUGUAAUAAUAUAAUAUUAAAUAUUUGGGGGUUGCGAACGAUCGAUUUUUCAAAGGAACACGUUAAUGAUAAUAAUGGUGAAUGCGACACUUGUCGAGUAACACUGUUUUUUUUUCACUGACACUACUACUUUUGUAAUUUUUAUAAAUCAUCGUUCUGUUGAGCAGCAAAUAGAGAAAAUAGAUUUUAAUUUGUUUUAAAUGUUAGUUUAAAAUGGGUCAUCACGAUUUUAAUGUCAUAAUUUAAUAAAAGUUUUAAUUUCUGAAAUUGUAUGAUUUUAUAACCUAAUUUAGGAUAGAUUAAAAAUGUAGAUAUCAUACAGUGGGGAAUUCUAUCUCAUGUAAUUUUUAUGAGGGAUUAAUAUGAUUUCAGAAUUGUUAUCAUUUAAUUAGUUGGAUAAUCAGUAUGAUUGUCAAAAAAUGACUUUGUUUUUAUACCAAAUAAUUAUGGCUUGCAACCCCCCGACGCCUAAAAAUUCAAAUGCAUGAUGUAUACUGUACGCUUAUUGAAGUAUAAUAAAUAAAUGUAAUUAUGUACAAAUAUUGCUUUAUAUAACUCUCUGUUAAGAAUAGUUAUUACUUUACUACCUACGAUAGUGUUACGUAUGUGCUCAAUUAAGUUUGUACUUUUUUUUUCUUUACUAUGGUUACCAACAAUUAUUUUUAACUCGUUGGUCAGACGAUGAAUACAUAAUAUGACGCCUGUGGCAAAAUAUCUUAAUAUUCCCAUUCACCCUAGCUUACAAAAAAAAAUUACACUAUUUUAAACUCGAGUGUGGUAAUUCCCUACUGCUGCAACUUGAUUUCAUAUUUGCACAAAAAAAGUAUUCCUUAUCCAAUUCAAUACUUAAAAUCAAAAUUAAAAAUACAGUCAUAGUAUUGUAGUGUUUGGUACUCAAAUUUUAGAAUGUACACGGUUUGAAAUUUAACCUAGUUUUUCCCGCCGUUUAACUGCUAUAUAGCCCGCAUACUCUUAUCCUAAGCAAACUAUUUUGCUAUUAUUCCUAUAUUGAAACAUUUUAAUGGUGACAAACAAAAUGUAAAAUCUGACGUUUGCUUUUUCACGAAAGAAAUAAUAAUGGAAACGAGCAUCCUGAAUGAUUUUCAAGCAUGUGUUGACAAAUCAUUUCUAGGCGAACCCCUUUAAGUGACACUCAUUGUAUCCCAAAUUUCCCGAUGGGUCUUAUAAUAUAUUCUUUAUAUAUAUUAUAUAUAUAAUAUUAUAAUAAGACAUGUAUGGAGACAUUUUACACAUUUCAAGACGAAAAGAUUUUAAUACUUCUAUCACUUGAUAUUGACGAGCGUGUUUCAUUUUUAUUCCAUUUUUUUUUCGGUCACAGACAAGAACAUUAUUUCAGAACAUAAUAUACGACGUUCAACCGUGGACCAAGGUUACCACGUUUACCAUAUCCCAUAGGUGUUCAUUUCCUUGUUAAACGAAUAUAAAUAUUAUUAAUUUUGUCUAUAAACACUCGUACCUAUGCAUUUAAUAUAUUUUGUCAUUCAAUAUUCAGCGGCACCGUAUAAUUUGUGCAAUGUUAUGCAUAAUCUACGUGAGACUAAGCUUAAUAGAAGUGAACUAAAAUUACACUCCCACCGAUUUCAAAACAAAUCUCAUUUAUUACUAAACCUACAAUACGUGUAUAGAAUUAUUGAUUAUAAUCAUCGUGAGUUAUGGAUUCGGGUAUUCUAAUUUAUUAUGCAAAGGGUCACAUACCUAAAUGUUUACACAAAUAUGAUAUUAAAAACAAUGAAAUUAAGUAUAAAAACAAAAAUACAAAAAAAAAAUACCUGUGAAAUUCCUAAAGGUAUACGUUUUAGAAUUCACAAAAUUAAAGCAUAUUUUUAAAACCAUGUAUUUUAUAAUUUAUAAUCUCACUUUUGAUGAUAUAUAUAAUUAAGUUAGGUACGACAUAAAACGUUUUAACUAAACUAAAUUUCUUGGCAUUUUUUAAGAUUCAUAGUUUAUCAUAUGGUCGUACGAUAUCAUUCAAAUAUUUUAAAUUUACUUUUUAAACCACAAUAUUUAUUUUUAAAUAAAACUAUAUGAAAAAUAUUUUUUUGCAAUACAUAUACAAUUGAGUUUUUAAGAAUAGAAAAUGAUUGUAUGAUCUGGACCAUAUUUUUCAUGUUCCGUAAAUUAUAAUUUAUAUUAAUUGCGAAAACUUCCAUGAUAUAGUCCAGGUAGGUAGUUAAGAUUUUUAUUAACUUCUGUAAAUUUUUAGUUAAUUAUUAAUUAUUAGUUCUUUAUUGUUUUCUGCUUUCGCAAAACUUUCAUCUAAGUAGGUACACAAUUUAAAAAUAUUAAUUUCAAAAAACAUCCUUAAAUUAAAUUAUAACUUCUAAGUCAUAAUGAUAUGGAUAUCCUCUAAAUGUGUGAAAUAUUAAAAAAUAUACAAUAAAAAUAGUUGAAUACCUAUUUAUUAACUUCGUUAUUCGAGUGUUUGAUGUAUUAUCUACUUUGAUAAUACACUUAUGAAUUGAUGAUAAAAUUCAAUAAAAAAAACCAGAAAAAA